GAGACAUCAAAGGGGCCUGUAACAUGGAGUAGCUGCAGCUGAAAAACAGGAGGGCACGAGCAGACAAAGUAAUUUCUCAGCCGUAUUACGAGGCCCAGGUUAGUGGAGGGACCUGGUUCAGAUGGUAUGCGCUCUGCGACUGGUUCAUAUUAACUGCGGUGUUCGCGUGCAGGUCGUGAGUUUGUCCUCACAAUCUUUCGCAGAAUCCCCAUAUGGAUGAAAGUCAGCCAGGAUGGAGAAAAAUGGGUUUUGGAUGAGUUCUAGUGGUGCAGCGCAACAUCCUCUCAGAGUAUGUGUGUGUGUUUAAUGUGUGCGUGUGUGUCGGCAGGGAGGACGUUGGAUAAAUAGAGCACACUCACUCCUCUACUGGAGCGCACAGGAGACUUGGCUGAGACGCACAACUCGGGUUGUGGUUGUGAGCUAAUGGAAACAUUUACAGGACUUCAUUUGCAUGUAAAGGGGACUUUACCUUUCACUUUUCUAGGCGGUCACACACAAACAGUUUCAUAUCAACAUACAUACCUCAAAUGGAACCAAUUUUUCUCUGGAUCGCUCAUGCUUGGAUCUAGAAGUGAUCCGCAUUUUGUUGCAGAGAGUCGCCAAGAGAUGCUUAUGCCACUCUCGAGGAUGCUGUGAACUUUAUCAAGGAUAUUUUUCGAUAUUGAUCUGGACGGAUUUGGGGAAAACUCUUGGAUUCAUCAGGACACUGUGCGCAUUGCGAUUGGUUAUUAAAUGCGCUUAUCAUCUAGAUUUGCGCCACACUAUGCUUGGACUAGUCUCUCAUGGAGGGCACGUAUCGCACUAUGCAUAUGAUAAACACAUAAACAAGGACAAUGGUGCUUAGUACGCAGAGGAAAGAUCGACAUCAAAUGCUGGCCGCGCUUUUCUGGCUGUUUUUGGUUGUGAGGAGGAGUGGAGCAGGUGAGCAUCAUCAUCAACAUCAUCACUGUGGAUGCUGACCCUCUUAACUUAACUCCUUGUUUUCGUGAUGUGGUUUUUUCCACUGUACAUACAGAGAAGGGGACAUAACUGUGUCGAAUGACCACCACAUGUAAGAUGUAAUGACACCUAACUGAGUUUUUAAAUUUGACAUUUUAAUACAAAAUUUUUGGGCACUUCAUUGAACUUGGCACUCUGCAUGCAUAACCACCAUUGAGGCAUAUUUUUAACAAUUGUGUUUAAUUUCUAUUGUGCGCUGUCCUAUAUGGCAUUUGAUAUCCGUGCCGUUUAAUUUUUAUCCUUUUGCAGCAGGGCAAACUCUCUUGGGAGCAAUAAAGGUUUCAUUCAUUUUUUACUGUCCCGUUAAUGGCCUUACUUGUUGCUAAUUUAAUGUGAUAGCUUAGCAGCCUUUUGUCUUACAUGUAACCUGAGAGGAUCUCUGUGUUCAUUGGGGAAAGGGCGGGAUUCUGUGUCCAUUAGAGCAAGCAGCAGUGGCCCUGUAGUCAUGAUCAUUGAUAUACAUUAUUCAUGACAAACAGUGAAGAGGACCUCAAUUAUGUCCAUGUAGGGCUGGCAGAUAUGGGGAAAAGUUUAUCACAAUAUAUUUUUUUUCAUAUCAGUCGAUAUCGAUAUAUACCACUGUAUAAAAAAAGAUCACUUGUCGAUCUUAAAUGUUCCCUGUUACUUUUAAGUGAAAUUUAAGACGUACUCGACAUAAUUUGCAGUGCACAUUACUUUGCUUCAUGUCCGACCUCAAAAAAACAAAAUACCUCCACACCACCGACAUUUUUGUGCUACUGUGGAGGACAAUGUCGUCAUUUGUUGAGCCUUCAUCUGCAUUUCCGCGGGGGUUAGCACUCAUUUUCUUUUUUUUCUCACCAACAGUGCUGUCGGUUUCACGUGUUUAAGUACUAUGGUUGUGAUUAGCUAAAGCCUGCUACUACACAGUUGUUUGUUACUUGGUUCUAAUUCAGCAGGUGAUUGGUUCAGGACAAAGUGCGGAUCUGGAGCAACUCCCCUUUUAAUUGGCUGUUCGUAUAGUCUACCAAAACAGGGCACAAUGCAGACUAUUGAAAAGUAUAUUGAACAUGUUUUAUAUCAAUAUCAAGUGAAAUUAAUUUUCAAUAGAUAAUGUUAUCGUUUUAUCGCCCAGCCCUAUGUCCAUGUUGUCAAUACUGAUAAUAUUUGAAUGUUUUUUCAUCACCUGUUGAUGUUAUAAAAAGACUUAGACAAUAUCUGUAUCAUCACAAGAUUUAAAUCAUAUUUUGUACUUCAUGAUAAUGACUUUUUCAAAAUCCAUACCAGUUUCCAGAUGUGUGGACCAGGCCUGCAGUCCACCCAUAGGAAACCUUGCGAGUGGCAGGACUCUCUUCACCUUCUCAGGCAGCUCCCUCAAUCACGGCCUCUGCCCCCAUUCUCCUGCUGCGCCCCUCCCCUGCCCUGAGAACCCUCAUCCAUCUGCUCACAUGACUGAUGACCCUUUCCUAAAUCCAGACACCUGGUGGGCAUCACAUGCCGAUAUUGAGGUACAGGAGCAGCAGGAUGAGAUCCGGUUGGACCUGGAAACAAAGUUCUGUCUGUCCCAUGUGGUUCUGGUGUUCAGGUCCCCUCGGCCUGCUGUCAUGGCCAUUGAGCGUUCAGCGGAUUUUGGGAAGACUUGGGAAGCUCUUAAGCUGUUUGCACAAAACUGCAGCAUGGAAUUUGGUUUACCUGAUGAUUUGUCUCAUCCAGGAUCAUUGUGUACGUCCCGCUAUACCAGCACUACACCCUGCAGCAAGGGGGAGGUAUGAGAAUAUAUAAUAAGUGCAAACUGUAUGAUUCAUUGUGAGCUCCAAAGACUGUUUCACUCAUUGCUGAUUAGUGAUGUUUCUCUCCUAGGUCGUAAUCCGCACCCUUGACCCUAUCAGAGCCAAAAUACUGGACCCUUACAGUCCAGAAGCACUCGCCCGCCUCACUCUGACUAACCUCCGCAUUAGACUGCUUAAAGCUCAGACCUGUCCUGCUCCUCUGGAAGCUGCCGCAGAAGAGACCAACCCCAGAGCCUCAGCUCUGUCCUCCAAACUCACCACAGAGAGCUCAGCCUCUGUACCUUAUGCUAUUUAUACUCUACUGGCAAGGGGGACCUGCCUAUGCCAUGGACAUGCUGAGCACUGUGUACCACACAAUAACAGCAAAGACUCCAGACAGAACAACAGCAUGGUGAGUGGCUUUUUGAGUGUAGGUUAGUGAUAAACUAUGAGGUUUCUGCAUUGCCCUGUGCUCUAUUCCAGUCUUGUAUAACACAGGUCUGUCUGCUCAAGGCCAGAUGUCAAAUGUUCUUGCUGCUGGAAAAAAUCCCCCGUUAAAGGGCUUUAAAUAGCUGGAUCUAUUCCUGACACCACCUACGUGGAUGUAUUUUAUAGCUGUCUCCAGACGGACUGUCUGAUGUAGGUGAAGUAACUGAGCAGGCCUAGAUGUGUCUUCCAGGUGUUCGGUAGGUGUCUCUGCACUCACAACACAGCAGGAGAUCACUGUGAGGAGUGUGCGCCGCUCUACAACGACCGGCCCUGGAGGCCUGCUAACAGCACAAGUGGAGAGUCGAACCCAUGCCAGAGUGAGUAACCGCUGUUUGAUCAGGAGAAACCCUGCCAGUGAAUACACACCAUGGAAGGAGUAUCAUGAGAUUAUCGUCCCUGACUUCUCUCAUGUUUUUACUUUGUCCCUCUGUCAUCUCUCCAACAUCUACGACAUCACACACCGCGGUGACAUCAGAGUGUCAGUGCCACAGUCACGCAGCAAGCUGUCACUUCUCACAGCGGGUGUGGACUGCCUCUGGUGGUACCAGUGGGGGGGUCUGUGAUAACUGCAGGCACAACACAGUUGGGCGCAGGUGCCAGCGAUGUCGCCAUGGCUACCACCGCCACCCAUCCCUGCCACUUAACUCCCCACACGCCUGCAUACGUAAGACACACAUAAUAGACGAGAGGAUGUGUGGUUUCUGUGUUUGAACUAGACAGGGAAGCAAAUUAUAGGAGUUUUCUUGAUUUAAUUGGCCUUGGUGGAAUCAAUUACACAGUCAGGGGGGUCUGUGGUUACAAUCAAACAGAAAAACAAUGUCUUCAGGCUCCAUCUGCUGGCUAUGUUUUGAAACACUUCAUUGAACAAUAAAACAGUCCAAGUGUUGAGCAGCACAAAGAACUGUGGUUGUCUCAUUCUCAGGUUGCUGGUGUGAUCCACGGGGCACUUUACCUCCUCAAGCUGGAGAGGAGGGACACUGGUGCCACCCUAGAAGUGGGCAGUGCCACUGUAAGUCUGGGGUAGGGGGCACAAGCUGUAACCACUGCAUGCCUGGUUAUUGGGGUUUUGGAGAGGAAGGCUGCAAACCCUGUGUCUGCCCUAACAGCUGUGAUCCAGCCACUGGGAUGUGUGUGGACAGGUAAAACACAGCGUGAUCGUUGUUACACAUUAACACUGUUGCUAACAUUUAACUCAAUGUGCUAGAUUUCCAACAAUGACCUUUGACCCUGUAUGUCCAAUGCCACUUUUGCAGCUACUAUAAUAACCAGGUGUUUAAUGUGCCCUUCGGUGGAAAAAUUCCAGAACUGGAUCAGCAGUUCACAAUCGAGGAAGAGUGGUCAAAGGAGCUCGCAGUCUCUGCUCUGCAUUACACAGGUGAAUGUUUAUCAACUGAGUGUGUGUUCAUCUGUAUACAAAGCCUUACUCUGUGAAGCCAAAGUCUGUCAGUUAGUGUAAUGACAGAAAUGUCAUUACAGAUAAAUAAAUUGUAAUGACAGUUUAUUUAUUGUUGUAUUGCAGUUUCUUUGAUGUUGUAUUGUAGUUUAUUUAAUGUUGUACUGUAGUUUCUUUAAUGUUGUUCUGUAGUUUAUUUAUUGUUGUAUUGUAGUUUCUUUGAUGUUGUAUUGUAGUUUAUUUAUUGUUGUAUUGUAGUUUAUUUGAUGUUGUUCGGAAGUUUAUUUAAUGUUGUAUUGUAGUUUAUUUAUUGUUGUAUUGUAGUUUAUUUGAUGUUGUUCGGUAGUUUAUUUAAUGUUGUAUUGUAGUUUCUUUGAUGUUGUUUUAUAGUUUAUUUGAUGUUGUUUUAUAGUUUAUUUGAUGUUGUAUUAUUGUUUAUUUAAUGUUUAAUUAUAGUUUAUAUAAUGUUGUAUUGUAGUUUAUUUGAUUUUGGAGUUUAUUUGAUGUUGUAUUGUAGUUUAUUUGAUGUUGUAUUGUUUAAGAUUCAGCAUGUUUUAAUUUACUUGAAUUGAUUGGGAGGAUUCUGUAUAAGCCCUUUAGGCUUCUUUCCUCUCCUGCAGUUUUGCUGAACUUUUUUGUUUUAAAUAUGUACUUAUUUUAUGUCCACUUUUGUGCAAAUGAAUAACAAUAACAAUAAGAAAUGUAAGUAAAGCGUCACUGUCCAUCUGCACACAGGAAAGUGUAGCUGUAAGGAGAAAAAGCUGAGAAGUGUGUUGGACCUGUGUAAGACGAAACAUGAUUAUGGUAAGAAAUAUAUGUAGUAGUUAACAGUGCUUGUUUUGUCCGAUGCUUCAAAAUAUCCUCCCAAUAUUCUGUAAAUGAUGUGUCUUCAACAGUGAUCAGGGCCAGUGUGCUGUCUGCUCAUGACAAAGGAAGCCAUGCAGAAGUUCAGGUCAAAGUUCGUAAUGUCUUUCGAUCAGGCCAAGUGGCUCUAAACUCAGGGACCAUCAGCAUCUAUCCUCUGUCCUGGACCAUCCGUGGCUGCACCUGUCCAAUUCUUAACCCAGGUGAGGCUACAUCUCAGAGCAAUGAAGACAAAGAAGUCUGACUGUCUGCAUUCUUAAACAUCUUAAACAUCCCAACAACAUUUAAAGUCCCACUCCAAUCUUUUUUUUACUACUCAAAGUGUUAUCAGUGGUGUUUAAACUGUGGUUAUGAAGUUUUUACCAAAAAAAAUCACAUUACCUGUGUCAUUUUAAAAGGGUUUUCUUCUGCAGAACUCCAGUAGCUCAUUAGCAAUUCACCUCUGAGUCGUGGGCGAAGAUGGCGCUGCUCUGCUCACUCCUCCUCACGCUUGCUUGUAGUCAAACAUUGCCAGUGUAGCUUGGAUUUGCUACAUAGGAAAUCUCACUGUUUCUGAGCCUGUCUUUUGGGUCUGCCAGAGAUUCACAGCAAUUUGAAUGCAGAAAUACACAGAAAUGCAAAUUUGCACUUAUUCUCUCAUGAUGUGUCCUGUAGCAUCGGAAAAUUCCAUAUGAACAUGUACAAAACAAGAAAAACAUGAUUUUCAUCUGUUUGAUUUUCAUUUUGAUAGUAGGUCUUUAAGGUGACAAAACACAUCAAUCUCAAAUCUGUAAGAUGGAUUUGUUUUUGAUCAAAACAUUCUCCACCAGGUAUGGAGUACCUGCUAGCAGGCCCAGAAGAGACUGGGACAGGUCGUCUACUGGUCACCAUGCAGAGUGUGGUGGUCGCAUGGACUCCCCGACUUGGUGUGCUUGUGUCAGAGGGCCUGAGGAAAGGAUGUCCAUGAACUGAAUACUCCAAAGAUGGAUUCUCUUCAGGGCUAGAAACAGAUGAGCGAGCGAACAACUCUGAAAAAGAACUGAAACUCACUUGAGAAGCUGCCACAUCAGGGAAAAUUAUUCAUGAGUCAAACUCGGGUAAAAAUUGAGUCAGAAAUCAAAUACAAGAUACUCAUUGUCCAAGCAUGUGCAACACAAAGACUGACAUUGUCAUAUAAACGUCUGCAAGUCCAGUGUUAAAGGCUCUAUUUUCAUAUAGUACAUUAUUUAUGAUACGCAACAGCUGGAUUUGCUCAGAGUUGAAUCUCAAUUCAUGUUUCAUGUUUUCUGUCAGCAGUGUGACUCAGGAGAACUUUAUGGUGUUGUCUUAUAUAGCCAGUUGUUUUGGUUGACUUUUUCAUCUUCUUUGCAAUUUUAAUGAAACCAAAUGACACCCACCAAAACAAAACAAAACAAAACAGUGAGUUGACAUUGUUCCAACUUCAUUUUAAUCUGCAUGUUUAAAGAAAUGAAAUCUAUUACGUCUUUUAAGGCCCGAAUAACAGGGAAUGGUGGCCACAGAUUCUGAGUGAAGACUGUGGACAGCGUUAAGACAAGAACCCUUAAUGCAGUUUCAGUGUGAAGUGACAAACCACUUUGGUUUAUGUGAAUGAAAGGCUGAGUAUUGUUCAUAAUAUGGCAACAAAUGUGGAUGAAGACCAAGAGAGUUUAACACGGUGUCAAACAUUUAAAAACUAAUGGUUACAUUAUUCUAAUGUAUACUUAAUGGAACCUGGAACAGCUGUCUUGUGUUUCUGAACAACUACAUGAGUUUGUGUCUCCCAUGUCAUUUACAAUAAAGGUAUUCAGUCUCCGUUAAGCUGAUGUUUAAGUCAAACUGUAUAGAGCAGAGGUAGAUUCCUUAGAUAGGCUGAGCAGUGUUGUAUUGGUAAUUCUGGUGAUUACUUAUUAGUUUUCUGUCUCAUAGAUUGUAUGUAAUUAGUUAUAAUUAUCAGUGCAAGUAACAUUCUUGACUAGUGACAUGGACAGAACACACAUACUGAAAAUAAACAAUAAGCAGUUCUUCUGAUUGACAGGAAAAUACACAGCAAAGUAAAAUUCUUUUGCAUAUAGAAGGAGUUUAUCAGCUAAUGUCCCUGCUUGGCCCGCUGUCAUUAAACCAUAAUAAUAAUAAAUGAUUUGAAAGCCCAGCAGAAGACCAGCCUUUACUUCAAAAUUUACUAAGUCUUUUCUCUGCAUACACUGAAUUCCUCUUCAACAGAUAGUGGAUAUCGCCCAUGAAUUGCACAGUUAGGCAGGUAAGUGAGCCCCUUCUGAAGGCUUUCCAGAGCUCCCGUGGAGUCAUUUAUGCAGGGCAGUGCAGUCACAUGGAGAACAACAGCCUGGAUGACAACUUUAGCUGGCAGUCUGGGUGUCUGUAGGUAAAUUGCUGUCAGGGUCUGGGGUAGAGUCAGUUUCAGGGGCUAAGGUGGAGCUCUCAGCUGGUGCAGCAGAGGCAGACCCCGAGUUAGAUUCUUCCAUUGAGGAGCUUUCUUUUUCUUCCUCCUGAGGAUAGAGCUCGGGGUACCUCUGCAUACACUCCUGCAUGUCACGGAAGUGGUCGAUGCAUUCGGAGCCCUUCACCUCUUCCUUACUGUAGUGGAAGCAGGAAAAGGCCUCCUUGAACUGAGACCCACAUGGUCCGCUUGCCAUGCCACCCAGGCACGGGCAGUUCCAGUUUAUGUCCCCAUUUGGUAGGAUCAGACCUGAAGGGAAGGGAAACCAUUAAGAUAGAUAGAUAGAGAACUUUAUUAAUCCCCGAGGGGAAAUUCGGUAAAGAUGAUAGUAACACACAUAUGAAUAUGUUAUGUACACUUUGCAACAGUGAUCCUGGGACACUCUUAAAAGGGAUAUUCCAGCGUAAAAUUAAUUUAGGGUCAAACACACUGUAACACCAUGUUAGACACCUCCUCAAGAGCUGAAUGUUGUAACGACCGCAUGAUAGCAAUACACAGUGGUCUCAGGAGCCAUAAACAAACCUCAAGAAAAACACCACUCUACAGCCACAAAUAAUGCUCAGAACAGCACCUAACUUUAUCAACAGUACAUAUAGGGUUCCA